AGUUUCACUAUGUCAAUCUUGCAAUCUUGCAGAUCACAAUCAUACAAUAUGAAUGCUUUUAUCGUAAAGUUUGUUUGUUGUCUUGUGUACAUUUUCGUUGAAACCAGCCACGCUGCACCUUCAACCAAACUGCCAAAAGGUUUUAUACAAUGCAAAUUAAGUGAUCCAGCUUUAAAUGAAUGUAUCAGAGAUGGGCUUCAAAGGGCCACUCCUUAUUUGGCAAAAGGUAUCCCGAGUCUUGGAUUACUCCCAACGGAUCCAUUGCGAGUCAAUUCAUUAAGAAUAGAUCAAGGUAUAGGGGCUGUGAAUCUGAAGUUUAGGGAUCUAGAUAUUUUAAACAUGAAAUAAAAUAUUAUAAAUUAUUGCAGAUAUGAUCCAAAGAACUAUACUUUGAAUGCUGCUUUAGUAGUCCAAAAACCAAUUGUGCUGGAAGGUCAAUAUGAAACAAAUGGUAGAGUAAUAAUUUUGCCAAUUAAUGGCAAUGGAACAUGUAGAUUUGUUUUAGACAAUUACAAAUCUUUUAGUGUUAUUAAAAUGAAGCCAGUACUUAGAAAUGGUAAUACACAUUUAGAAAUUAAAAGUUUAGAUUGGAAGUUUACUACCUCAAAAAUGCAUUUAAAAAUGAAUAAUUUAUUUAAUGGAGACAAAAUUCUAGGUGACAACAUGAACUUAUUUUUAAAUGAGAAUUGGAUGGAACUGUUAAAAGAAAUGCAGCCAGCUUUUGAAAGAGCUUUGAGUUCUGCUUUUAUUUCAAUCGCACAAGAAUUCUUUAAUAGGAUACCAUUAAAUCAAAUUUUUAUAGAUUAAAUAUUUUUUCAAUACACAUCAUAUUAUUUUUGUAUAGAAAAUUAUUUUUAAAUGAUUUAUUGUUAUAUUUUAUACUGCAAUAUUCUAAAUUUAAAAAUAAGUUAAGGAAUUCAUAUGUUAUUUAAUUUAUAGCGCUAAGUAUAACUUGAUAUUUUUUAAAAUAAUUGUUGGUGUAUCUCAAUAAGCAAUAACAUAGGUAAUCGUAGUGUUGUAUUUAUUAUACAUAGUUAUUAUUAUUUAUAUAUAUUGAAUCAACUAGUAAUUUUUAAGUAUGUAAAAAUUGUCGUCCGUUAAUGAUAUUAAUGAAACAAUAUAAAUAUAUUUAACGAUUCAAU